AUGACUGAACUAUCUAAUCGCACCGCUCUCGUCACUGGCUCGACUCGUGGCCUCGGUAAACGCAUCGCCCUUGAGCUUGCCCGGCGUGGCGCGCGGGUGGCGAUGAACUACUACGGCAAUCAGGAAGUCGCUACGAAGGCGUUUGCUGAGUUGCAGGCGAUUGGUGGUGAGCACUGUCUUGUGCGGGCGGAUGUCACCGAGGAAGUGGGCGUCGCGGACUUGCUGGGUGAGAUUGAGGGGAAGGUUGGGCCGGUCGAUAUCCUCGUGCCGAAUGCGACUUGCGAUCAGCCCAUGCUUCCGAUCGAGGAGUACGACUGGGCGUUUGCGCAGCGGAUGGUGGACUUCUUCGUGAAGAGCCCCUUCUUGCUGACCAAGGCGUGCGUGCCGCACAUGAAGCGGCAGGGUUGGGGGCGGAUCGUUCAUAUCACCAGCGAGGUGUUCGACGGCGCGUGGCCCAACUUCUGCCCCUACGUCGCCGCGAAGGGGGGCCAGAUCGGCCUCGCAAAGUCGAACGCCGCCGAGUUCGCGCCGCACGGGAUCACCGUCAACAUGGUGGCGCCGGGCUGGAUCCCGGUCGAACGCCACGAAGACGCGCCGCAGGAGGCCAAGGACGAGUACCUGGCCCUCGCGCCGAUGGGCCGCUUCGGCAAGCCCGAGGACGUCGCCGCCGCGGUGGCGUACCUCGCCUCGGACGACGCCAGGUUCGUCACCGGCGUGUCGCUGAGCGUCAACGGCGGGCGGACGAUUCACUAA